CCAAAGCAGCUCCCCCCCUCGUCCGUAAUGGUUCGCCCCCCCGCUGUCCUGUUGAGCGUACGAACUGUUUUGACUGACACCGGAGAAACUCAACGAGUUUGACAAGUUACCGAUCGGUAGAGCACCAUGGUGGAAGUGGAGUGCAGGUCUGAGCAGGUGAGGGCGUGAUCCCUCUGCUUUCCGUCGACAGCAAGGUCGACGUGGAGACAGGACUGUCAGUGGAGACGAAGAAUGGCCCGGAACGUUAACUUCGACCUGAACCACCCUCUGAUGGAGGCUGGACUGGAGAGCCCGGCGGAUGAGGAGGGUGUUCACGACUCCUUCAGCCAGCUGAUAGCGGAGCAGAGUCAGAAUGGAGGACCGGCCGAUGCCUACGAGCUGCAGCGGCUGCAGAGAGAUCUGGACGAGGACCGAGAUGAGGUGCCCUACCUGUCCUCUCCUCCACGGGUGAUUAGGGGAAGGAGACAGGGUCAGAGGGACAUGGAGUGGGAGGACGAUGUAACGCAGAUAGACCCCCUGGUGGGUGAACGGUGGUCUUCGGCCACCAUGAAGAUCCUGUCCUCCAUGCCCAGCCGGACCAUUGGCCGCAGCAGAGGGGCGAUCCUCUCGCAGUACUACAACAGGACCAUGAAACUGCGGAGACGCAGGCAGAGCCGACCGGCCAUCCAGGACUUCUCCCGCUCUGCCCGGCCGAGCAUACGGGGCCACGGCAUGGAGGGGGACAGCACAGACGCCGAGGGCACAGAACUGAAUAAAAGGGAACGCCUGGUGAACAACCUGCAGAACCUGUCGGUGGGGGACAGGGUGAGAAUGCUGCGGGGCAUGCCCCUCAGUGUGGCUGAAAAAGGUGAACUCAGGAGGUUAACAAUACAAAAGGAGAAACACACAGUUUCUGGAAAAAGGCUUCACUGCUGCAGUCGGGUCAAAUACUACAUCAUCAUCGCUCUGAGGCAUAGCUGGUACAGCUGGCUGUCCUUCCUGCACUCGCUCCAGCUGUGGCAGGUGCUGCUCAAGAGAGUGGGCGGACGCUUCGGCAGCGGCGUCCUCUCGUACUUUGUCUUCCUCAGGACCCUGCUCUUCUUCAACCUCUUCCUCUUCCUGGUGACGGGGGCGUUCAUGGUGCUGCCGCAGGCGGUGCACCCUCCAGACGUGUCUGCAGCCAGACGCUCCUUCUCUGGCCUGGAGCUGCUCACCGGGGCGGGCUAUUUCUCAGACUCAGUGAUGUACUAUGGAUACUACUCUAACUACACUCUGCAGAGGAGCUGCAGAGAUGAUGGCGAAUUGUCAAACGUUUCGGUAUCAAAUUCAACUGAACUGGAGUGCAGUUCGAAGAGUCUUUCUUACAAAAUGCCGCUCGCGUACUUCUUCACCAUCGGAGUGGCCUUCUUCAUCACGUGCAUCAUACUCGUGUACAGCAUGUCCAAGUCCUUCGGCCAGAGCUUCAGAAUCGACAAAUCUCACAGUAUUCUGGCCAUGAAGGUCUUCUGCUCCUGGGACUUCAAGGUCAUCAAGAAAACUUCUGUCAAACUCAUGUGUGAGAAUAUCUGCACGCAGCUCAAGGAAUUGCUGGCAGAGAUUAAUCACAAGCAUCUGAAAAGCACCGCGUGCCAGAAGCUGGGGAGACUGAUGGUCCACGGCCUGGCCUGGACCAUCUGCAUCGCGAGCACCACCGCCUGCGUGAUCAGCAUCUACUACUUCUCUGAUUACAUGCACAAGGACCCCCUGCUGAACGACGUGAGCCUGCUGGCUCUGCCGGUGGUGGUGUCCCUCAUCAACCUGCUGCUGCCGGGCCUCUUUAACCUCGCCGCCUGGAUGGAGGAAUACAACUCGCCGACUGUGCGCACAUACAUCGCCAUCAGCAGGAACUUGAUUCUGAAAGUGAGCGUGCUGGGCGUCCUCUGUUACCACUGGCUGGGCCGGGUGGCCGUUCAGCAGGACAGCAACGGCCUCGAGUGCUGGGAGAGUUUUGUUGGUCAGGAGCUGUAUCGCUUCCUUCUCAUGGACUUCAUCUUCACUUUAAUGGACACCCUGUUCGGAGAGUUUCUGUGGCGGCUGUUUUGUGAGAAGGUGCUGAAGAGGAGGAGGAAACCGGUGUUUGACAUCCCCAGAAACGUCCUGGAGCUCAUCUAUGGACAGACACUGGCCUGGCUGGGUGUCCUCUUCGCACCUCUCUUACCUGCAGUCCAGCUCCUCAAACUCUUCCUGCUCUUCUACGUUAAGAUGAGCAGUGUGCUGAUGAACUGUCAGGCUCCCAGGAGGCCAUACAGAGUCAGCCAGAUGACCACCAUUUUCAUCACCCUCCUCUGCUUCCCAUCGUUCCUGGGAGCCUCCGUCUGUGUCACCUACAGCAUGUGGAGCAUCAAGCCGUCCUCGUCCUGCGGUCCCUUCCGUGGGCUGGAGACGAUGUUCCAGGCGGGGAAACGCUGGGUUAAAGACCUGGAAGAUCAGGAUCCCAACCUGUCGAUGCUUGCCAAAGCUCACGCCUACCUGGUGGAAAACCCUUUCUUCCUGUUUGUGGGAGCAGGAAUCUUUCUGGUCGUCAUUUACUUCCACAGUCAGGUGGUGGACGGUCAGAGGAAAAUCAUCAAGUUACUGCAGGAGCAGAUUCAGAAUGAGGGAGAGGAUAAAAAGUUCCUGAUCGCUCGACUGCAGUCGAUUCACGAGCGGAAACGCACUCCCGCUCGAAGGCUGGUCAGUCAGGACUCGGCGUGUUGAGGAAGGCGAAUCUCCAGCAGACUGACUCCUCAUUUCUCUGAGCUGCUCUGACAUUUGGAGAAAUCUUGAACCGGUGGGUCUCGAACUGGAAUAAAAACUGGACAUAAAGACGAAGCCGACUUGCUGUCGGGACAUCUCACGUCAGUAGGGUUCACUGCAAGUGAAUCAUAUCAGGGGAGACGAAGCUGCCUGCCUCAUGAAGAGUCGUUUGCGGAUGAGUCUCUGGAGGCCAAAGUGAAGCUGCACACUGUAACUGAUGACUGCAUUAACUGUGUUUGACUCUGAUGGAAACGGGAGUUAAACCAGCAGCACGACAGAGCAGAACACACCGAAACUCCUGCGCUCUGAGCUGCAUUCAGGUUAUUGAUCAUGCAACACAAUGAACAACUCCUUUUUUUUCUGUUGUAGAAGCACUUUUAUACUGACUGUGAACAAAUAGUUUUUAAUCUCAGUUUUAAAAAUAUUCUGUUAGUAUGAAUGCUGUAGAUGAGAUUUUAAUUUUGUGGGUGUAUUUGUAUGCUGUAAAUGAGUUUGUUUUUUUUACGUUUUAUAGUUUUUUGAGUGUGCGAAUGUCUCAUUCUGUGAGUAAAUGAUGUUUAACAUAAAA